AUAUGACAUUGACAAAUUAGGCACAGUGAGUGGAUGAAUCGUUUUGUUAUUUUAUUUCACCAUGGGAACUAGUACAAAUAUAUGUCAGCGAUAAAAUUUAGAAAACACACACACACACUCUUCAUAAGAUCUCCGAUUUAUUUGAUUGGUUAAUUGAUGUAAUUAAAUAAACACUUAUUGACUAUUGGGGAUUAAUGAUUACCAUUCUAUCAUACAUAUAUAUAUAUAUACAUGGUUAUUAUACUUGCACAAUACUAAAAUUAAUUACUAUCACAAUAUAUUGGAUCCAGUCAAUAAUACUGUUCAUUGGAUAUAUAAAUCAUAAAAGUCUAUAUUAAUAUACAUAUAAACAGAUCAAAAUACAAACGGAAGAGUUCGUGCAUUUAAUCUUUUUCCAAAACGUAAUAUCAUUAUUAUCUGACGAAAAAAAACUAAUGGAUUCUAAUGAAGAGGAAUAUGGUACGACGUUUUUAAAAUCCGAUACAAACAAACCAAAUGAAAAUACAGAUUAUGAAAUGAAAACAACUAAUCAGGACAAAAAGAGGGAAACAAAUAGAAGAAAUAAAUUAUCUAAGUUUAAGAAAUGGAUAAUGAAUUUAGAUAAUUUAUUUGUUACAUUCACUGUAUUAGCUGUUAUAUUGGGUAUGACAAUUGGUUUAUUAGUUAAAAUUUAUGGAUCACCAUCACCAAGAACAAUCUAUCUAUUAUCAUUUCCUGGUGAAUUAUUAAUGAAUAUGUUGAAAAUGUUAAUUAUACCAUUGAUUGUAUCUAGUUUAAUAGCAGGACUUGCUGGUUUAGAUCCAAAAUCAAGCGGAAAAAUUGGUUCAUAUGCAUUGAUUUAUUAUGUAGUAACUACAAUGCUUGCAGUUAUACUUGGUAUUGGUCUAGUUUUAUGCAUACAUCCAGGUGAUACAUCAAUUAAAGAUGAAAUAGGGGAAGGAACAAUAGAGGAACGUAGACCUGAAACAUUGGAUUCUUUAUUGGAUUUAUUAAGAAAUCUAUUUCCGGAAAAUGUAGUACAAGCAUGUUUACAGCAACAACAAAGUAGUUACGUCACAGUUGUUAAGCGUCCGAAGUAUAUUCGAUUAACUGAUGGAAACAAUGGUACAUUGAAUAUGGAAAACAAAACAAAACUAAUCACCUAUGAAGCCAUAAAAGCGAAAUAUGUGGAUAGUACUAAUGUUUUAGGAUUGGUGUCAUUCUCAAUUAUAUUUGGUAUAAUACUUGGUCAAAUGGGUGAUCGUGCUGUAAUUAUGGUACAAUUUUUCACUGUUCUUAAUGAAGUUGUCAUGAGAAUGGUACAAGUUAUUAUGUUAUAUUCACCAUUUGGUAUAUUCUUUCUAAUAUUAAGUAAAAUGUUAGAAAUUGAAAAUUUAAGUGAUACAGCAAAAGCAUUAGGUUUAUAUAUGGUAACUGUAGUUACUGGUUUAGCUAUACAUUUACUUGGUACAUUAGCAUUACUCUAUUAUUCGGUAACAAGAAAAAAUCCAUUCACAUUCUAUAAAGGUUUAUUUCAAGCUUGGAUUACAGCACUUGGAACUGCAUCCAGUGCAGCUACUCUACCAAUUACAUUUCGUUGUUUAGAACAAAAUCUAGGCAUUGAUAAACGUGUGACACGUUUUGUUCUACCUAUUGGUGCAACAAUCAAUAUGGAUGGAACUGCACUAUAUGAAGCUGUUGCAUCAAUUUUUAUUGCACAAAUUAAUGGAAAAUAUUUGACAAUUAUUGAAGUAUUUAUUGUAAGUUUAACAGCAACGUUGGCAGCAAUAGGAGCAGCUAGUGUUCCAAGCGCUGGUUUAGUUACUAUGAUGUUAGUGCUUACAUCUGUUGGAUUGCCUACAAAAGAUAUUUCUUUAAUUUUAGCAGUUGAUUGGUUACUUGAUCGAAUUCGUACUUCAAUCAAUGUAAUGGGUGAUGCAGUUGGAGCUGGUAUAGUUAAUCAUUUAUGUUAUAAAGAAUUAGCUCAAAAAGAUGCUGAAAUUGAUAAAGAAAUAGAUGAAGUUGUAGAAGAAUAUACACGUGAAUUAUCUAAUGUAACUAAUAUAACAGAUCGUGAAAAACGUAAUUCAUCUAGUAUUGGUCGUCAUAAUAAAAAACGUAUGAGUUUAGCUGCAGCAAUGCGUUUACAAGAAAAUACAUCACCACUUGGUACAGUUAUGCCAAAUCAAUCAACAAUAAAUGAACCAGAAUCACCAACAUCUAAAUCAUAUUUACCAAUGAAUAUACAUCCAAAUGAUAAAAAUGAUAAUUAAUUAUUUCAUAAUUACAUUUCUAUUAUUAUUAUUAUUAUACUUUCUAUUAUUGAAUACGUUGAUAGUUUAAGUAUAUUACUUUUUUGAAGUUCCUUAUCAUAAUAUUACCCAUUUGUUUUAUUCUUUCAUUCUUUACCUUAUUUUCAUUCAAUAGAAUUAGACAUUUUAAACUGCUCAGUAACUCCCUUUUUCUUUUCUUUUUUUUAAAAAAAACAAAAAAAAUAUUUAAAAAAACACAAAAAAAGAACAAACUUACAUUUUAAAUUCCUGUUUUAGUUUGAAGUAAAAAUUAGUGUAGUAUAAUUUUAUUAAGGCAAAGAAACAAAACAAAAUUGACCAAACUUUCAAUGAAAAAAUCGAUGAAUUGGUUACUAGAUUACAUAAUUCAAUUAUUAAUAUCAUUAAUUGUAAACUAAUAAUAAUAAUAAUCAAUAUUGUAAACAAUUUCAUAAUCAGUUUUUUUUUCAUAUUCACAUGAAUUUACAUACAUAAUUCAUAUUCUUUAUAAAGGGAACAACAAUACACAAUAGUAACAUGAAGUUACUGAGAGAGAAAGAGAGAGAGAGGGGGGGAGUGAGGGAGAGGAAGAAAGAGAUCGGUUGUUCUGAAUGUUCAUUGUUUAUUAUUUAAUAGUAAUUUUGGAUAAUAUAAUUAUUUUCUAUUCAAUAUUACAUUACAUACUGUUUAUUUUUAAGAAGAAAAAAAGGAGAAAGAAGAAGAAAAAGAAAAGAAAGAAAAAAAGGAAAACAAAGAGAUAAUCCGUUUAACUUUAUUUAGAAUGAAUGAUAUAUAUAUUGAACUAUUUAUUCAUUUUAUUUAACAAUGAUCAUUCAUUGUACGAUUGACAUUUUAUGUUGUAUCAUUGAUAAUGAUAAUUUUAUGCCUAUAAAUAAUAAUCAUAAUAAUAUUUAUUAAUUUAAUAUGUUUCACAUAUAUUAGUUGUUCAUCACAACUCUAUAUGAUACUUAGUUAAUUACUUAUGCCUGUUACCUAUCAUGUGGGAGUAUAGGCUGCUCAUCAGUAUUCUCCGUUCAACUCUAUCCUGUGAAAUCCCUUCCAGUUGUUAUAUAUUCUUUUGAUGUCCGCUUUGAAUCUUUGAUGGAAUGUGUUCUUUGAUCUUGUUUUCCUUCACGAUUCAAAGUGCUUGUCUUGAGAUGCAGUUUGACGAUUUUCUCAAUGCAUGGCUUAUCCACAUACAAUAACUUUUACUGAUUUCUUCUUCAACUGGUAGUUGA